GAUCGUGGAGCAAAGUGUGUGGCCAAUUUUACUAGCUGAAAGCUUGAAGGCACUGGGAGGACUUGGCAUACUUUCACUUGGUGGGAAAUACCUCAUGAGACGUGUCUUUGAGUUUGUUGCAGAGUCAAGGAGCUCGGAGGCAUUUGUUGCACUCUGUCUUCUAACCGUUGCAGGGACAUCACUUAUCACCCAACAGUUAGGGUUUAGUGAUACAUUAGGUGCAUUUCUGGCUGGAGCCAUUCUCGCAGAAACAAAUUUCCGUACACAAAUUGAAGCUGACAUAAGGCCAUUCAGAGGCCUGUUGCUUGGGUUGUUCUUUGUGACUACAGGGACUUCCAUUGACAUGCAGCUUCUCAUCCGGGAGUGGCCUAAUGUUCUAUCACUGUUGGGAGGUCUUAUUGCAAUCAAGACAUUGAUAAUUACCGCAAUUGGGCCAAGAGUUGGACUGACUCUUCAAGAAAGUGUACGGAUAGGAUUGCUACUUUCUCAAGGAGGCGAGUUUGGGUUUGUGGUGUUUUCUUUGGCAAACAGGCUCGGUGUCCUACCACUGGAGUUAAACAAACUGCUCAUAAUUGUUGUUGUGCUGUCAAUGGCAUUAACUCCAAACAAGCAGGUAGUGGUGUCGAUCGAGAUGCACUCCGACCUCAACAAGAUGUCAGUGGAGGAGCUUAUCGGCCGUCUGCGCGUGGCGAAGAACACCGAUGCUGAGGAAGCCGCGGACAACAUCAAGAAGGGCGUCCAACAGCUACUGCUCACUGAAGAGCAGUGGGAGGCGUGUCGGCGCCAGCGCGGCGGCAAGGAGCGGGCACGUGGCGGCAGCAGCGGCCAUGGAGGCGAAUGUGACGAGGACGAUGGCAACAACACGUGCUCGGGGGCUGAAAGCAUCUAG